AGAGAGAACCGCAGGGGAACUGCGAGCUUUGGGAGCUACAAAGAAGGUCCCGAGCUGUAGGAGAGGGGCGUCAGGAGCAAAGUGGGAAGGGACCAGGCCCCGGGAGGCAACUUUGUGGAGUGUCUUCCAUCUGUAAAAACUGGUUAUGCGGGCACAGCGAACCCACCUCGGGAACCGACGCCGCCUCGCUAGGACGUCUCUCUUACUUGUGUGCUGAGGAGACUCAGAUGUUGGCCUCAGCUCCCAGGCUGAACUCGGCAGACCGGCCCAUGAAAACUUCUGUAUUGACACAAAGGAAAGGAUCCGGCAGAAAGCAACAUCUGUUAUCCUGGGCUUGGCAGCAAGGGAGGGGACAGGUGGUGGAAAUCCUGCAAUCCGAAAAGCAGACUGAAAGGUGACAAGAAGCUGAAGAUGGGCGGCGGAGAGAGGUAUAACAUUCCAGCCCCUCAAUCGAGAAAUGUUAGUAAGAACCAGCCACAGCUUAAUAGACAGAAGACCAAGGAUCAGAAUUCCCAGAUGAAGAUUGUUCAUAAGAAAAAAGAAAGGGGACAUACUUACACCUCACCAGCAGCUGCACGGCAGGCCAUGCAAAACGGGGGGAAGAACAAAAGUUUCCCAAAUAAUCAAAACUGGAACUCUAGCUUAUCAAGCCCUAGCUUGCUUUUUAAGUCUCAAACUAAUCAGAACUAUGCUGGAGCCAAGUUUAGUGAGCCGCCAUCGCCAAGUGUUCUUCCUAAACCACCCAGCCACUGGGUUCCAGUUUCCUUUAAUCCUUCUGAUAAGGAAAUCAUGACAUUUCAACUUAAAACCUUACUUAAAGUGCAGGUAUAAGAUAAAAUACUGUUUAGUUAUAUUUGAGGGUAGUUGUCAAUCGUUUCAGACCAAAUUCACUAGGGAAUUAAUCGAUUUGUGUAAAAUUGCUAAUUAACAGAAAAUCUAAUUAGCCCUCCCCUUGUUUUAGAUGUUGUGCGCACUGUCAUGUAAUGGUCGUUAUCGGUGCAACUUAAAAUAAUGGAAUUAUUCAUUAUAGUACUUGAUACUGUUCUCAGUUGAGGAACUUAAGUGGUUUUAAGUUUAGAUUUGGGGAAUGGUAAUCAACUUUUCCUAUUGUUUGUUGGGCGAAGAUACUAAUUUAAGAUUAUCAUUUGUGGAUCAGUAGAUUGACCUGUUGAAAGCUAGUGAAUCUGAUUAUAAACCUCUAGUUAACACACACAGGGACUGAAUAGUUGAAUGUUUGAAAGUUUCAAGUCCUAGAAAGACCCAGACCAGUAAUAUGCCAACAACCUGAUGCACUGCCAAAAAGAAAAUGUGAAUUUUUCUUCGACAAUGGUUGGAUUGAGUAAACCGUGAAUGUACAAAGGGCACUAAGCAGCUACCGAACUGAGGAGGAGGCCGAAUACCCCGAGGGCCGGAUCCUUCCUGCAGUGGCUAAGCGUCUGCCAAUGAACGCACCCAAACCAGUUUAUAGAAACAGUAUUUGGUGGUCACUGAGUAGCUUUCAAAAUACAUUUUUGUAUUCUAGCACUGCAUAAGCUAUUCUGACAGUGAUCUGGUCUCAAAAAUCAUCCCUGCAAAACUUACGUGGGGAACUAUAUAAUGUGAAAGUUUUAAGUACCUAGGAAAGAGCCAUGUAAAUAUAUGUAAUAAACUUGUAGCAUAUGUAAAAUUUUGUUGGCAUUUAUCCUAUAAAAAAUAGAAUAUUUUAGUAUGAAUUUGCUGAAUAUAAGACCAUGACUCUUGUUUUUUAUGCUAUGGCCUGAUUUUAAAGGUCCAAAACAAUGUGUUUUUUUAAAGUUUGCCCUUGUGCUGAAGUGCCAGUGUAUGUAUCAUUGAUCUGGCGGUAAACUAGAUUUCAAAGUAAAUCCUGGUGUAAGAAGUUUUAUAUAACUGUAAAGGUUUUAAAGCUGCUAAAACACUUCCUAUUUUUAAGAGAUGUGAAAUGCAGUAUAGGACUAUUUUUAAUUUUUCCUCAAUCCCAAAGAUUCACUAUUAAAAGGUCCCUCCAGUCUUACA